UACUAGGUCAUUAUUGGCUCAGAUGCUUCCAGCACACUUCGCUGCUUUGACCACUGGAGGCUCCCAGCAGCGUAUGCGUCACUUCAUCUCUCAGCUGCUGGUCAUGGCGGAGCUACAGCUACAGCAUGAAGUGGAGCCUCAACUUCUUAAUGUGGACAGCUUGGAUGAGGACAGAGAAUAUUCAGACGCCUCAGAAUCAAUAAAGAAAAAGAGAAGAAAGAGGAAAAAGAAAAAGACCAUCGCACCAGCAGGGACAAAUGAGGCUGAGGGGGAAGGAGAAGCCGGAGGUGUUGGUGAUGUGACAAAACAGUUGGAGCUGCAAACACUGGAGGACAAAGAGAGGGAGGAGGAUGGAGAAGAAGAUGGGGGUGAGGGAGAAAACUCAACUGGAAAGAAGAAGAAGAAGAAAAAGAGCAAAGGAUUGAGGGGACAGACUGACCCUCCCUCAGUCCCAAUUUGUGAGCUGUAUCCCAAUGGGGACUUUCCAAAGGGAGAGGAGUGUGAAUAUCCCCCAUCAAAAGACGGGCGCAGUGCAGCAUGGCGGGCCACCAAUGAAGAGAAGAGGGCGCUGGACAGGGCCAAUGAGGAGAUGUGGAGUGAUUUCAGGCAGGCAGCCGAGGCUCACCGACAGGUCCGCUCUUACGUAAGGAGUUGGAUCAAAACAGGAAUGACCAUGAUUGACAUCUGUGAGAAGCUAGAGGACUGCUCCAGGAAGCUCAUCAAAGAAAAUGGGUUGAAGGCAGGCCUGGCCUUCCCCACUGGCUGCUCCAUCAACCACUGUGCUGCCCACUACACCCCAAACGCAGGAGACCCAACCGUGCUGCACUACGACGACGUCUGCAAAAUUGAUUUUGGAACUCACAUUAACGGUCGAAUAAUAGACUGUGCCUUCACCGUCACUUUCAAUCCAAAGUAUGACAGGCUGCUGGAGGCUGUGAGAGACGCAACAGACACCGGCAUCAGGUGUGCAGGAAUUGAUGUGCGCCUGUGUGAUGUUGGUGAGACCAUCCAGGAGGUCAUGGAGUCUUAUGAAGUGGAAAUAGAUGGGAAGACAUAUCAAGUGAAGCCAAUCAGGAAUCUGAAUGGCCAUUCUAUUGGACAGUACAGGAUACACUCAGGGAAGACAGUUCCUAUUGUUAAAGGUGGAGAAGCCACAAGAAUGGAGGAAGGUGAAGUGUAUGCCAUUGAGACAUUUGGCAGCACAGGAAGAGGUGCAGUCCAUGAUGACAUGGAGUGUUCACAUUACAUGAAAAACUUCAGUGUUGGACACGUGCCAAUAAGACUCCCCAGGGCUAAACACCUGCUGAAUGUGAUAAAUGAGAACUUUGGUACCUUGGCAUUCUGCCGCCGCUGGCUGGACCGUCUGGGCGAGAGCAAGUACCUAAUGGCUUUGAAGAACCUGUGUGACCUUGGCAUCAUAGACCCAUACCCGCCACUCUGCGACAUCAAGGGCAGCUACACUGCUCAGUACGAGCACACCAUACUACUCAGGCCCAACUGCAAGGAGGUAGUGAGCCGGGGAGAUGACUACUAAGCAUGCGCCAAAACUCAAGGCAAACCAGGAGAAGCAUGGCAGCUCAAAGACAAUAAAUCUCUUCAGACUGAUAGAAAAUAUGCAGUAAUCUGAUUUAAAUUCCCACUGCUUGGGUACCAUUAGGUAAUUGUUUUAGCAAAUGCAAAAUACAUGUGUCAUGGUACUAUUAAACCAAUAAGCAAAGGGCAUAUCUUUAUAAAAUAGUGUCAUUAUUUUAGUUAUAUUUUAUGAGCUGGUUUUAAGAAAUAUGCAAAAGAAAUAUAUGCAAGAGAAUCAUGC